CGUGGAUCGUUUCAAGGACUGUUAGGAACUGCCAUUUAACCUGCAACAUGUCGGACGAGCGGCUGAAGAGCGUGGUGGUCAGCAAACCCAUUCUAUAUGGGUCGGUGGCCACAUACCUCGGGCGCAAGGCCGAGGAGACCAAGACGCACCGCUGGUCGAUCUAUCUGCGUGGUGCGGACAACGAGGACUUGUCCUACAUGAUCAGCAAGGUUGUCAUCAGCCUGCACGUGAGCUUCGCCAACCCCGUUCGAGUGCUAACGGAACCACCAUACGAGGUGACGGAGCUGGGUUGGGGCGAGUUCGAUACGCUCAUCCAGAUCUACUUCCACGACCCGAACGAGCGGCCGAUCAGCGUCAUCCACCAUCUCGUACUGUUUCCACCCAACAGCCAACCUGCUAGCACCAAGAAGCCCGUGGUGAGCGAGUUCUACGACGAGCUUGUGUUUAAUGAGCCGACCGAGUUUUUCUACAAGAAGCUGAUGGCUGGGCCGGACCGGCAGUCGCCAGCGCUGGCGAUGCAGGACCACCUUCCAAUCUACUCAGAUGUGGAGAUUCUCAAGACGCUGGCACGCGCCGAGAAUUUUGUGAAGAAGGAGGUGCAGGACACUAAGAAUUUGCUGUUGAGCGCUGAUAUGGAGAUCAAAGAGCUCAAGGAGCGCAUUGCUGAGCACACCAAGAAGAAAAAGCAGGCUGACAAGAUGGCUGCUGCAUACACAACAGCAGCAGCGCAACCGAUCCCCUUGCCUUAAAGCUAACAACCUGUUAGUAACAAGCAAGCAACGUAGCACUGGCGUCAAAAUCGGAAUCAAUUUCAGAUAUUUAAAAACGAUGGAAGAAGUAGCUUUGAGUUUGAUUGUGGCACACUAUUGAGCGCUUAAAGUAAACAGAUACACCACACGACAAUUCAAAUGAAUCAUUGUCCUCUUUUACUCCUUUUCGCUUAAAGUAAACCGAAAAG